AUGGUCAGGCCCCCAGUGCCGGGCUGGAGUCAUCUGAAGUCCUCAGGUCUGUCUCUCCUGGCCAAGCAGGCAUGGGGCACCCUCCGUAGCCACUUGCUAAGGCCGGCGCGAUGGUGCUCACAGGUUCCCUGUGCAUGGAGAAGGAGAAAUGACGCUUUGCACCCCGUCUGGAAGGGUCCAGCCUCCGUGCCAGGGGGCACCCGGCAGUCCCCCAUCAACAUCCGCUGGAGGGACAGCGUCUACGAUCCCCAACUGAAGCCCCUGGGGGUCUCUUACAAUGCAGAGGCCUGCCUCUAUGUCUGGAACACCGGCUACCUCUUCCAGGUGGAAUUCGACGACUCCACCGAGGGGUCAGGAAUCAGCGGUGGCCCCUUGGAAAACCACUACAGACUAAAGCAGUUCCACUUCCACUGGGGAGCAGUGAACGAGUGGGGCUCAGAGCACACGGUGGAUGACCGCGUAUACCCGGCAGAGCUGCACUUGGUUCACUGGAACGCUGUGAAAUACCAGAACUACACGGACGCCGUGGUGGGAGCGGACGGCUUGGCGGUGGUGGGCGUAUUUUUAAAGCUGGGGGCCCGCCACGAGGCGCUGCAGGAGCUGGUGGCAGUCUUGCCGGACAUAAAGCACAAGGACGCGCGAGCAGCCCUGGGCCCCUUCCAGCCCUCCUGCCUGCUGCCUGCCUGCCGGGACUAUUGGACGUACCCAGGCUCCCUGACCACGCCGCCACUGUCCGAGUCGGUCACCUGGAUCAUCCACAAGAAGCCCAUCGAGGUGGCUCAGGACCAGCUGGCCGCCUUUCGCUCGCUCCUGUUUUCUGUACCUGGUGAAGAAGAGAAGACGAUGGUGAACAACUACCGCCCACUCCAACCCCUGAUGAACCGGAAGGUCCGUUCAUCCUUCCAGGCCACUCACAAGGGAGCAAGGCUCUAA